CUAUGACGUCAUUGCUACGCGACAGCAAUUUGAGCCACCCAAACCAGGCAGCUUCACCUUACAAGGAGCACUCAAGAUCACUUUUCAAAGGUCCCUGUGACAUUUCGUCCCAGUUUGAGUCCAGAUGACAGCCUCCACUCAGAGGACCGUGUUGUCGCUCUACAUGCGGGUGUUUCGCGUUGCACGAACAUGGCAAGCCCAAAGCGGAGUGGCAAGUGACACGCUAGCUGAGAGAAAUUAUAUCCUUCAGGAGGCACGCACGUUAUUCAGACAGAACCAGCAGAUGACCGAUCAAGAAGCAAUAAAGAAAUGUAUCAAUGAAUGUGAAGCGAGGAUAGAAAUCGGCCUACAUUACAGAAUCCCAUAUCCAAGAGCUACGUACCUGCCCCAAAUGGGACUGGCCACUCAGAAGGGGAGGAAGCUGCGAGCACAGCAGCGCCUAAGAAAGCAGGCCAAGCCGAUUUAUUUAGAGUCCCACAAGGAGACCUGACGCUCUACCCGAGCUACCGGAGAACCAAACUCUCGAGGGUGGCGUCACGAGCCCAACUCAUGAGAUCCAUGUCUUACUGGCACCCAUGGACCCUGCAUUAGUCAUGAUUAAGACACUUCCAGUCUUUUUGUUAUUUCCUUCACUUGCUGUAUUCACAGUGAAUUUAUUAUUCUGGUUUUCAAAAGAGGACAAUUGCAAAUGUGUUAUGUGUUAUUUUAUUACUUUUAAUAAAGUUCAUGUGAGGAACU